UCUCAUUUUAAUCGAUUUUAAAUCAUGAACAAAUCGAUUAUUACCUGCUUCAGGUAACAUAGGUUUACAUGGGCUUUUCCAAGUCCUAAACUUUCCUGGGAGAAAAGUUUAGGACUUAGAUAAGUUGUGGACUUUACCAAGAGUCCAGACAGAUUGCCCUUCGAGGUGCUAUGCGGUGACCUUUUACAAAGUUCAUUUUACUCUGUAGUCAUCACCGUAAAGUGAGUUACUCGAGUAAUCAAUUAAAGAACUUUUACUAGCAAAUGGAGGCCACGACAUUCUUUCUGUCCUUACACAUACCGUUUCUGCAAAAUGGAUCAUAAAAAAUUGAUUAAAAUCGAUUCCUAGAGUGUGGGUGGUGUGGGUGUAGGUGGUGUGGGUGGUGUGGGUGUAGGUGGUGUGGGUGGGUAUGGGUGUGGGUGGGUGUGGGGUGUGGGUGGGUAUGGGUGUGCGUAUGAGUGUGGAUAGAUCAUUUCUAUACCUACAUCCACACCCACACCCCACCCAAACCCACACCCACACCCUUAAUGUAAGUUCAUAUAUGUUUUAAUAAUUGACAAGUAGAACUUGUAUUUUUGUUAAUAUUGAAUAUUCAACAUAAGUGUAGAAAAAAAAGGUUAUCAAAAGAAUUUUAAACUUUAUUAUACAGAACUCUAAGUUAAGAGAAACUCAAACUCGUUGCUAAAUUAUUAAUUUCAUCAAACAAAAAAUCUAGUGUUUCUCUGACUUUGAUUUGAUAUAUAAUGCAUGCAAACAAACUAUCUUAUUUCAUAUAGAUAAAAGAUUAAAUCAAUAAUUUCAAAUAUAUUCUAAUUACUUCUUGCAUUCUAUUAAUGAAGUGUAAAAUAUGAGAAAUAUUUGCUAUCAAUCAGAAAAUGAGAUUGAACGCUUUCUUCACUAGCAUUCACUUUCGAUUUAAAAAAUAUAUAUAAUUUAGAGUUUAUUCGAUAGUUUAUUUUCUCGUCAUGGUCUUCAUUUAAUAUCAUCAUUGCAAGUUCUAAUUGAAAUGUAUGUUCAUUGGUUAACAACAAAUUCAAAUAAUUUAUGUAUUCAAUUAAAAUUUGAAUUAAUACAUUCAUUUAUAUAUAUAUCAUUAAUAAGUUAUAAUUUAUGUAAAUCUGGUAUAUUACUUGAAAAAACAACAAAAGAAAAUAAUCAAUUAUAUAUACGUUUAAUUGAACACAAUUUUAAAUUAACUAAAAUUCAUGCAUAUGCAUCAUGUUUAUUUUUACUUGAAAGUCAUUAA